CCGGAGAUGUCUGACGCUGGCUCGGACGAGGAGCUGGAGCUGGAGCUUCCCGCACCGAUGAUGGAGCAGGGGAGUCACGACGGGAGUAUCAGAAAGGGUUGUGAUCCCUGUUCCCAGACCCAACGCAGUAAGCUGCAGCACCGUAGAGCUCGUAUCAACCAGCAGAUAAACAAGGAGAUGAGGAUGAGGGCUGGGGCUGAAAACCUCUUCAGAGCCACCACUAACAACAAAGUGAAGGAGACUGUGGCUCUAGAGCUGAGCUUUGUCAACUCCAACCUGCAGCUACUGAAGGAAGAACUAGAGGAACUCAACAGCAGUAUGGAAGUCUACCAGACAGAGAGUGAAGCCAUCAAUGUUCCCAUGAUCCCACUGGGUCUGAAGGAGACCAAGGAAGUGGACCUCACUGUUCCUCUCAAGGAAUAUAUCUGUGAGCACUACAGGGAGGACAGCUCUCUGUUUGAGAAAGAAAUCAAGGAGUUUAUGGAGCUCAGACAGGCCAUGCGUACCCCCAGUCGUAACGAGGCAGGUUUGGAGCUCCUGGUAGAGUAUUAUAACCAGCUGUACUAUCUGGACCAGAGGUUCUUCCCCCCACACAGAACACUAGGAGUCCACUUCCACUGGUAUGACUCUCUGACAGGUGUGCCGUCAUGCCAGCGUGCGUUGGCAUUUGAGAAGGGAAGUGUGCUGUUCAAUGUGGGAGCUCUCUACACACAGAUAGGAGCCAGACAGGACCGCUCUGCUGCAGCUGGCAUAGACAGGGCUAUAGACGCUUUCCAGAGAGCUGCAGGUGCAUUUAACUUCCUGAAGGAGAACUUUUCCAACGCUCCCAGUCUGGAUAUGAGCGGCCCGUCGCUAUGCAUGCUGGUCCGGCUGAUGAUCGCCCAAGUGCAGGAGUGUGUGUUCGAAAGGGUCACACUCACCACGCAGGACACACACUUCACCUCCCAGCUACAAGUGGCUCAAGAGGCCGCACGAGUAUCAGACGUGUAUAGCUUGGUGCUCCAGACCAUGUCUCAGCCCCUAGUGAAGGACUAUGUCCCAUUCUCCUGGGCCGCCAUGGUUCAGGUGAAAGCAGAACACUUCAGAGCUCUCUCACACUAUUAUGCUGCUGUCGCUCUCUGUGACCUCACACAGUCCAUUGAUGAAGAAGAGUGUGAUGAAGAGGGAGAGAAGGCUCUCCUCCAGCUCCAUGUCAGUAAUCCUGCUGGACCCCCACUCAGCCAGGUGCUCAGAGACCCUGAGGAGAGACGCAAACUGGGUAAGGCCCACCUGCGUCGUGCAUUGAUCAGACAUGAGGAAGCUAUGAGAGUACACGGUCUGUGUAAGAUCUUAAGGAAGAUGGAUAUUCUACAGGAGGUGCUCUCCUUCGUGCACAAACGCUCUUUGGACAAAUACUCUGAGAUGGACCGAGAGGACGACUUCGACGAGACAGCAGAGGCUCCCGAGAUACACUCUCAAACCCAGCAGAAGCCUGAUAUAAUUCCACCCAAUUUCUCCACUGUCCAAGUCACUGACAUCUUCCGAAGGCUGGGUCCCUUGUCAGUGUUCUGUGCACGGGCGCGCUGGGGGCCGGUGCGUUUGGUGUGUCUCCAGCGAGGGGAGGGCGGUCUGGGGCUAACUCUCAGAGGAGACUCUCCUGUUCUGGUGGCUGGAGUCGUGCCGGGGGGAUGUGCUGAGGAGGCAGGUCUGAGAGAGGGGGACUACAUCGUGGCGGUGGAUGGAGAGAACUGUAAGUGGGCUAAACAUGGAGAGGUGGUUCACAACCUGAAGAGCUGCAGUGACCGAGGAGUGGAGCUCGGCGUCAUCACACUGCACACACACGACACACAGGUGGAGAGGAGGUCAGUGAUGCUCUCCCCCAGUGGAGACAAAGAGAACGCUUGGCAACGGUCCAUGGGUGGGGCUAAGGCCCAGAGCUCCGUCUCCUUACUCAACUGGAACAGGAAGAAAAACAGGGAAGGGGGAGGAGUCACCAAGAGACUGGGCAGCACCUUCAGUCUGCCGUUUGGAAACCUCAGAGACAGUGAAUCCAUGUACUGAGAUAGACGGAGGGCAAGUUGAAAUGGUGCUCGAUUCCAUACAGUGCACUUCCAGCCAAAAGUAGUGCACUAGGGAGUAGGGUGCCAUUUCAGACUGUGCUAUAGACAGACAAACCACUCAGGGAAUGGCAAAGGGACAUGUUCCAAUACAAGGAUGAGUUGUAUAUGGCUGGAUAUUCCUAGAUAUUGUAAUGCAUUAUAGCAGCAACGCAAGAAACAUUCCGAAUAGGAGAAUUGUACGAAGAGAAGAGGAGGGUGCUAUGUCCAGAUGCCCAGGGAAACUACAGUGGUUUUAGAAAGCAGCCAACGGCAGGUAUAUGUCACUGAAGGGGUUAAGAGCAUCAUGUAAAUGACGUCUUAAAAUAGACUAAUAGUUGUGGCCCAGUUUUGUUGUAGCUGACUUACUAUACAACUAAAGGGCUUUAGAGAGAUGAAAGAAGAUAAACUGGACUUACUGACAAACUACAGCCUCUGGUCUUAAGACAACUUCAUCAUGUUGUCUUAAUGUUGAAAACAUGUUGUUUUACUGUUUACUGUAUCCCAGAGUCUUGCUUUUCCACUCCGGUCUUAAUGAGGUUACUCCCAACCGUUAAAACAACAAUCACACCUACAUCCAUUCAGUACGUGAGUUUAGCUCUUACUUCCUCAAGCUAGAGCAUUGUGAAUCUUCUUUUUUGUUGUUGUAAGAUUUAAUUUUAUUUGAUGUUUUACAAAGCACACAACGGACAACAUCACACAAACAUCAACUACAUCACACCUGCCCAGACCCAUUAGCACACACCCCCAUCUCCAGUGCUUUGAGAAAAGAAAAUAAUCGUAUCAUUGGGUAUCUCAACACCCCUAUAUUCCAUGUCUUGAAAUAUGCAUACUGACGGAUUAAGAGUAACAUUGUAAUACUUCUGACAGCCAACUUUCUAGCUCCGCCUACAAAAAAAGACUGGAUUAUUGGAUGCGUUUGUAAAUUCACUCUGGAUAUCCGAUUUCAGAGCACUCUGGUCUGAGUGCAGAAUAACUGAUGAUUUUACAAACACCCAUUGAAUAUGAACGGUGUCAGUAAACAUCAGCAAAAACCGUAAUUCAGUUGUUGCCGGCAGCACAGUUACGGUCACCAACGCUCUAGACAACAUGAAAACACCCUAACCAGCUCUGCUAGGGUGAAAUAAAAUGUUCAGAAUGGGGUGUUCUCUCAUUUAUGUCGAAGUACAGUAGCUAGCCAACUUUAGCCAGUUAGCUUGGGUGCUUGACUGCCGUUGUGAGGUCAGAACAUUCGGAUCAACCCUACUCCUCAUCCCAAGCGUCCAGUGUCCAAGCGUCCAUGCACUCUGUCCAUUGUUAAUGGCAAAUUGAAUCUGAUAUCCGUUCUGAAUAUUACAAACGCCCAGAACACACCCAUUAUAGUUUUACACUUGGGACAUGACUCUGCUGUUGUGCUGUAGAAUUUGUGAAUUUUGUCUCUUGUACUGUAUCAUCAAUUCUAUAGAUUGGUUUAUACUGGGUUAAGCAUUUUCGUUAACAUUAAUUUCAUUAGUUAUGCUCCACCUUUCCCUCCAUCUUGUGCCAACAUCAGUUCUUUUUAAGUCUUGGUUCCAAUCCUUUCUUUUUUUCUAAGAGAUUGUCAGUUUGAUAUGCUCCUGGCAAGGUUUUGUAUAUCGUCCCUAUCAAAUGAACAUCCUUAUCUGACUCAAAUAAAAUUCCUUCAAGGUUGCUCGGAUGUCCAAAAGAAAUGUAACUUUUUAAAUUGCAUGUAUUUGAAACUAUUUGGUCAGUCCAAAAUUACUUAAAUUCUGUCAUAGAAAUAAAAGUAUUUCAAGUUGCCAAGUCAUUUACAGUUUCUAUGCAUUUAGUUUCCCAAUUUAUCUGUGAAUUCUGAAAAGCUUUCCAAGGUUUGUUCCAUAAGGUUGUGUUUUUAUGGAGUGAUAUUGGUACUUGUAGAAUGCAUUUAAUUGUCUUCUAUAUUGUUGUAGUGUUCUUAACUAUGAAGUGGUUAAUGUUCUUAGCUUAAUGCUUUGAAAAUCGAGACGUGAAAAGCCUUGUGCAUCUUCUUGAAGCACACAGAGUUUACAGCGGUAGCCAUGUUACUGCAUUCUGUCCUACCAGUGUUUUUCAUGUAAACCUUUUUCUUUGUUUCUCUUUCUGUCAUCUUGAUUGUUGGGUACAAAUGACUACCCACAAGGCACUUCAAUAGUUAUGUCACAGGAGGUUGAUGGUACCUUAAUUGGGGACGACAGGCUCGUGGUAAUGGCUGGAGCGGAAUUAAUGGAAUGGUAUCAAAUACAUCAAACGUACAGUUUCCAUGUAUUUGAUGCAAUUCCAUGAAUUCCGUUCCAGACAUUAGUAUGAGCCGUCCUCCCCUCAGCAGCCUCCUGUGUUGUGUGUAUUUUUAGUUUCUUCUGAUGUUUUGUAUUUUUAAUUUUGUACGACAUUCUUAUGCACCGGGACUUCAUAGGAGGAAAAACUAGCGCUCUACGUAUGUCGUGACACUGAAAUGGUUAACGUGGUAAUAUGCACAUUAGGGGAUUGACUAAAGACUUUUAUGUCUGGUACUUAGAGUUGAAUAGGAGAAUGGACAGUCUACCAUGUAGAAACCAGCUAUCAAUGUAACCAUAUAAGCAUAGAGAAGAGCUGACACAAAAUUGUUAAAGACACAUUUUUUUUAUGUUAACAAUUUCAAUAUUUGUAUGCAAAUACUAUUUUAAAUUCUAAUACAUUUAUGUAUUUUUUCUCAAAAUAAUGAUUAUGAGAUGUGUAUUUCAGAUUGUGAAUUAAGUUGCCCUUGUGUUCUGUGGUCUCUUGUUUGAGUGUGUGUAAUUGUGUAAAGGGAUUUGUAUUUCUUUUGUUAUGUGAAAGACUGAUAAUCAUGGCUGGGUGCUUGUAUGAUCAACCAUCAAUUCCUCUUUUGAGGUGUGCUUGUGCGCAUGCACGUGAAUGCUUUUCGUGUGUGUUAUUUGUAGAGUAUUUGCACAGAAUGUUGUUGAUGAAUUAAAGGAGUGGAUCAAUG